AUGAUGCCCGUGGAAAAACUUACACUAGACAACGUCGAACUCAAAAGCCAAAGGAAUGGAAGGCGUGCCAGUAAGUGUAUCCAGAAGAUUACCGGGUAUUGGAGGAUCAGAGGCUAUGAGCGGCUCAGUGGGACUGGUCGGAGACGGAAGACUACUCGGUUGGCGUUAGGUGCGGCCGGUUCGAACCGGAGAAGGCGGUUCUUGAGGAUAAAGGUUACUCCCAAGCUGAAGUUAAAGCUGAAGCUGAAGCUGAAGCUCCGAUUUUCGCCCAAGAAGUUCUUCUGUGGCCUGAGGGACGCUUACGUGAACACGAUGCUGAGGUUUGCUAAUUCCAGAGUGAUCAAUGGUGGUGGUGGUGGUGGUGGGAUUGUUGGGGAUGAGAGGAUGAUCAUUCAGAUCUACAAAUCAAUUGUGAUGGCUCAGGGCCAAUUGGUGCCCUUUGAUGCAGCCAGAAUUGGCACCGAGAUGGUCUGCCACCGGUAA